CGUCUAUAUAUAAGGUUGUGUUCAAUAUUUUUCCUUAUUGUCUCCAUGGAAACCAGAAUGCAAAACAAUUCAAAUAUAGUAGAACGUACAGCAGUAGUUUCCCCAAGAUUUAACAAAGAAGACGGCAAUACUUAAUUUAUUGGUGAUUCAAGUUCAUGCUGGUUUAAAUGUACAUGUUUAAAGGUAUCGCUCUUAUAGUUUAAUAAGCGAACGUAGAGAUCAUUUAUUUUACGCCUUUUAUGCAGAUGAUCGAUCGCAUUGAUACUUCAAAUGAGAACUUGGAAGAUAUUACAAAAGCAUUAGAAGACAUGGACAGUUUAGAUAUGGAAUUAUUUAAAAGAACAAAAUCUUCUACCAGUAUUUACAAGGAUUCUAGCGCACAAUUAGACGGAGAAACUAAAAAAAAAGUUAUAUUUAAAGAUUCUAAUGACGAUGAUUUAUUGCCUGGAUUACUUUCUGAUGAAGAAACUUCUUCAAAAGGAAAAAAGAACUUAUUUACAUCCAACAGUAAAAGUAGUCUAAUAGAGGAUCUUUUUAAAAUUAAAAGUCCUGUUGUGUCUACAAAUAGUAUUAGAUCAAGCAAUGACCCGGAAGUGAAAUUUCAUAGUGAACAAGGAGAGACUCAAGCGUUUUUACAGAAACCAAAUAACUACUCAACUUCUAAAAGUAAUCUUACUACGUUGCCAGAUGAAUUAUUUAACGAAAAAUCUGCAAAAACAUUGAAGAAUGUAUCCAAGAAUGAAGAUGAUAUUAUAGCGAGUUUAACUGAUAAGUCAGAUACAGUUGAUAAAUCUAGCAAAUCAUUUUUAAGAGACAGUUUAUUUGAAAAUAAAUCUCAUACAUCUAGUACUCCAGUUUCAAUCAUUCCUAGAAACAUUAAUAGAACUGAAUCAGAAGUUAUGAUAGAAUCUACAAACGCUAGCCAGGAAUUAAAAUCUAAUUAUAAUGAGCCAUCAACUAAGUUUUUCACAAGAGAAUCUCGUAGAGGUCGGAGGAAUACAAAAAUAAUAAAUGACCCUCUUGGUUUGCUAUCUGGCGAUUUGCUGUCUGAUCAAAAUUUAGAACUGAUAACAAAUGAUAAUUUGUCGAUUAAAGAUCAUGUUGUACAAGGUACUAAGUCAGAAAAAGAUUUGCCAGAAUGGUUGGGAGGCUCGAAGAAAUUUGAGGAUAAGAAAGUGGAAGUAAAGGAAGAAGAAGCAGUUAAAAAUGACAAAAUACCUACUUUUGAAAAAAACAUCGUGACUCAAAAUGUUAGCACGGUACUAGGGUCCGAAACAUCUGAUGUAAAGGAUUCAGACGGUGCGCCUGUCUUACCAGAGCAUUUAUCAAUGUUGUUUGGUACACAAUUAAAUCAACAGAAUGCAUUUAUGAAUAUGCAGCAACAAGAACACGAAUUAAGGACAACAGUAAUGGUUUCCCAGCAAAAUGAACAAUUAAGUAAGGUAUCAAAUGCUCAACAUAGCUUGUUGCAUAAUCAGGAAGAACGAUUUAAUACAUUUUUGAAAUUGCAACUUGAAAGACAAGCUCUAUUAGAGAAACAAAUAAAAAUGCAACAAGAACGGAUUAACCAAUAUAUUCAUGCCUUAAUGGUACAACCCAUGCCAAUAUCUAAUACUACGAUAGUUAGCGCAUCAAACACAACAGAAAAAGAGGAGUCUGGAAGCACGAGAGAAGAAACAGAAAAUAUAAUAAAAAAGUUAGAGGGAGAAAAGUCAAAAUUGGAAUUAAAAUUAUUUACUAUAAAUGAAAAACAUGAUAAGGAAAUAACAUUUCAAGCAGAAUUCUACGAAAGACAAAUAUCGUUUUUGAAAGAAGCAUUACUAAAAUCAGAAGAGAGAGUAAAACAAGACAUGGAAUAUUUAGAAAUAAACUGUGCGACAAAGUUAGAAAAAUUAAGAGAUGAAAAACUACAAACAGAAAAUCAAUAUAAAAAAGAAAUACAUAAUCUAAAGAAUGAACAUGCCCAACGCAUUGAAGAGCUGUGUAAACUGCAUUCUGAAAAUAUAAAACUUCUGCAAGCAGAAUAUUCUAAUAUAAUACAGAGCAUAUCUAGAGCCAAGCAAACAGAAGAUGAAACAAUACAAGCUAUCACUAGCCAAAAGACUGAUAUAGAGUACAUAUUAGAAAAAGCCAGUGUUAUCAUCGAGAACAUGGUAGAAAAGAAGAAAGAAUUAGAGACUGACAAUAGUGAAAUACAAAAACUUCAAAAGAAUCUUUUGAAAGUAUAUGAAAAUGAUAUAACGACACAGACACUUGAAUUAAAACAUCGGCAUAGCACUUUGGAAGAACAAUAUAAUAAAUUUGUGGAAACGACAGAAAAAUAUAAUGUUCGUCUUACACAACUUAUAACUGAGUUUCAAAAACAAAGUACGUCAUGCAACCAAGUACAGGAAACGGUCGAAAGGCAAACAGCAAAUCUAUUGCGAGAAAAAGAAUUAUUUGAAGACAAAAUGAAAUGGGAAAGAGACUACAUGCAGGCGUUAAAGGAAUCCUGGGUGAAAGAGCAGGAGAAACAGCAGAAAUUACUUACAAAAGAAAGAGAAGCAAUAGCAAAAGAAAGAGCGCAAUUGGAAGUUUUAAGUAAACUAAGGAACAAUAGUGGGGAAUUGGCUAAAAUAGAGCUAGAAGCUGCUAUUAAGACCGCUCAAGAAUCAACUGCAUCUGCUAAUCUGGAAAGACUAAAAUGGAAAGAAAAGAUAAAUGAACUUAAUUUUCAUAAGCAAAAGUUACAAGAUACAGAAGACCUACUUAUUUCACGUGCCAAAGAACUUGAAACCCUUACUCAGGCUGCUCUAGCUAAAAAGGAAGAAGGAAUAAAAGCCCUAAAAGAUGCGAAACAUUUAGAGAAUGAAAAUAAAGAAAAAUUCAAUCAAUUGCAAAAACAGAUUCAGUCAUUAAUGGAAAGAGAAAAAAGAAUUGCAACUGAAAGAUUUAAUAUUACAAGGGAUAGAAUGACGUCCAUAGUAUAUGAGGAACCUGAGAGACCAGAAAGGGAUUUGAAUGUAUCUCACAUUUAUGAAAACGGUUUAAUACCCUUUCCUGAAAUACAGUCAAAGUCUGAAAUUGCAACUGAGUUAAUGAGUGUGAUGGACCCAAAUUUACUUAUCUUAAAAUUAAACCUGAAUGAUGAAAUUGAC